AUGGCCUUGUAUGCCUGGGCCACACUUUCCUGGAGGACCAUUUUCGCCCUAUGGACCAGAACGACCUNCUCGACAACUGAUAAGGCAACGACCUCUUCAGCUUCUCCAACAGCUUCAACUCAAGGGCCUACAUCUACCGCGGCACCCAACGGGCCCCAUCCUUGUUUCGGACCAUGGCCUUGCAUGCCCGGACCACACUCUCCCGGAGAACCAUUCCCGCCAAAUGGACCAGAAGGACCUCAUCCAGGACCAUGGGCUCCUUCACACAGACCAGCAGGACCCUUCGGACCUGAAAGCGGACCAAUGAGACCAUGGGCUAGACCAGGUGGAUUUGGAGGACCGUGGGGUGGACCAUGGUGA